AUGGAGGUCACCAUGGUGAGCAUUGGCAGGUCCGUGCUCAGCGGGGCACUUGGCUUCGCCAAGUCCAACUUCGCCGAGGAGGUGGCCCUGCAGCUCGGAGUAAAUCGUGACAAGGCCUUCAUCACCGACGAGCUGGAGAUCAUGCAGUCUUUCUUGUUGACUGCGCACGAGGAGCGAGACGAGCACAGCAGGGUGGUCAGGAUCUUGGUGAAGCAGGUCCGUGACCUUGCCUACGACGUCGAGGAUGGCCUUCAGGAUUUCUUCCUCCAUGUCCACCGGAAAUCCUGGUGGCGCAUCCCUCGCACACUCCUCGACCGGCAUCAUGUCGCAAGGCAGAUGAAGGAGCUGCGUGCCAAGGUUGAGGACGUGGGCCAGAGGAAUUUGCGCUACCGCCUCAUCGAUGGUACUUCCGAAGCUUCCCAUCUCUCCAUCACCACUGUUGCUCCCACGUUUGAUGUUUCUAAAGCACUAAGGCAAAUCACGGAUCAGCAUCAAUUAAGAUUAACAUUCAGUCUUGCCCAGCUGAUCAUCGCGCAAGAAUUGUUCUCGAAUAAUCAAAUCAGAGUGAUCGGAAUUUGGGGGGCAAGUGGCAGCAUUGGGCAUGCCUCCAUCAUCUGGGAUGCCUACUAUAAUCCAGAUGUAAAGCUAAAUUUCCCUUGCCGAGCAUGGGUCCGGCUGGCAUCCCCUUUCCACCCAAAAGAAUUUGUUCAAAGUAUAGUGAGACAGUUCCGAGCAACUGCCGAAGGAUUGGUUGAUUUUCCAUUGGAGUUGGAGCUGGAUGAGGCAAAAACGGGGCAAGAGUUGGCUGACGAAUACAGUAGGUAUGUCGAUGAGAAGAGGUACUUGAUCGUGCUUACUGGCCUAUCCACCAUUGAAGAAUGGCUUCAGAUCAAGACUUGCUUCCUGGAAAACAAGAUGGGGAGCCGAAUCGUAGUGUCCACAGAGCAAGCUGAAGUUGCAAACCUUUGUGCAGGCCAGAAAAGUAAGGUUUACAAGCUCGAACAAUUGUCUGAUGAUCAUACCAUCUAUGCUUUCUACCUGGAGUAUUUCUACAUGACAUUGGACUGCACCAAGAAAGUGAUACAAGAAGACCAACCUAAUACAGAUGUUGAUGGAAAGAACGAGAUACAAGAAGACCAAGAUGAGCUCACACACUCCAACAAGAUGGGUUGUGUUCCAAGGGAAUUUCAGCUUAUUGGACGGGAGAAAGAAAAAUCUGAUAUUAUUGAACUGAUUCGAGAACUCUCUAGCAUCAGACAGUUUGAGGUGAUUGCGGUGUGGGGAAUGAGUGGUUUUGGAAAAACCACUCUGAUCAAAGAUGUUUGCCAGGGACAAGAGGUCAAUGACAUGUUUGACAAAACUGCUUUUGUCACGGUCUUGCAGCCUUUCAGGCUUGAGGGGCUCCUUAGGAGCUUGGCAUUGCAACUAGAUGCAAGCAAGGGAAAUAUUGCUUCAAUGGGAGUUGCAGAUCUGACUAGAGUGUUGGGUAGGCAUAUAAAAGGAAAGAGUUGCUUGAUUGUUCUUGACGACCUCCCAUCUACUACGGAAUGGGAUACAAUAAUGGCAAGUUUAGGUGCAAAGGGUACUUCAAGCUUGGUCAUUGUGAUCACCACAAGGCGGGAGGAUGUUGCUAAGCAUUGUUGCAAAAAACCAGAAUGCAUACGCUUGCUCAACGGUCUAGAAGAAAAGGAUGCGUUGUACCUGUUCACAAGAAAGGUAUUUAAGAAUAAGAAAACAGAUUUGGCUCGGGAGUAUCCUAAGCUGGUUGUACCUGCAAAACAAAUCCUGAACAAGUGCAUUGGGCAUCCCCUUGCUAUAAUCUCCAUAGGUAGUUUCUUGGGAAGCCAACCACAAAAAACUGUUGCCGAGUGGAGGAAAGUGAAUGAGCUUCUCAGUGUUCAGCUGGAGAUGUAUACAUUGUUUCAUGCCAUAAAACUAGUCCUUAUGAAAAGUUAUGAUGGCUUACCCUAUUACCUCAAGUCUUGUUUCCUUUACCUAUCCAUCUUCCUUGAGGACCGCAAUGUUAGCCGAAGACGUCUGGUGUACCGAUGGGUUGCGGAAGGUUACUCAAGGGAUAUAGCUGUAGCGGAUAGUUACUUCAUGAAACUCAUAGAGAGAAGCAUGAUAUUACCAACUCAGGUUUCACAUUGCGGCGUACAAGGAAUUGACUCCUGUGAGCUACAUGAUCUGAUCCGUGAAAUCUGCAUUGCAACGUCAAUGGAGGAAAAUCUUGUUUUGAGGCUGGAGGAAGGGUGUAGCUUGAACAUGCAUAGCACAGUGCGUCACCUUGCCAUAAGCAGCAAUUGGGACGGAGAUGAGACUGAGUUGGAGAACACCGUGGAGCUGUCCCGUAUACGGUCGUUGACAGUGUUUGGCAAGUGGAGGCCAUUUUACAUUUCUCACAAGAUGAGGUUUCUUCGGGUGCUGGAUCUAGAAGGAGUAGAAGGUCUAGCUGAUCAUCACCUUGAGCACAUCGGGAAGCAUCUCCAUCUGAGAUACCUUUCUCUAAGAUGGUGUGAAGGCAUCACUUACCUCCCAGAUUCCAUCGGUAACCUGAGACAUCUCGAGACACUAGACAUCAAAGGGACAGAAAUAUUUAAACUGCCCAAAACCAUCACCAAGCUUAGUAAGCUACUUAAUCUCAAAGCUGGUCGCCCAUCCCUUUAUCCAUGUGAGCUUCACAAGGGGGCGAAACUACUAUGCUGCAUACCUAGCCGCAUGAGAUUUAACUGGCGUCAUGGUGCAUGCACUCCUUUUGCUAGGUGUAUAGAGGGAUACAAUGUUGGUGUUAAGGUGCCAAGAGGGACAAGGAAAUUGAAAGCCCUGCAUACACUGCGGUAUGUGCACCUUGCCUGGGGAAAUGCCAUUAUAAAAGAGAUAAAAUGUCUCACCAGCCUGCGAAAGCUAGGAGUGGUCGGCAUCAACAAUACAAACGGUCUGGAGUUCUGUUCAGCCAUUUCCAGUCUCUGCCGUCUUGAAUCGCUGUCAGUGCUGGCGCAUGAUAGCUUAAAUGGCUGUUUGGAUGGCAUGUGCACAGCUCCAGAAAAUCUCCAGAGCCUCAAGCUGUCCGGCAGCUUGGAAAAAUUGCCGGUAUGGAUCAAGGGGCUUCAGAAUCUGGUGAAGCUGAAGCUCCAGUUCACCACACUAUCAUGCAACUGGGCAGCCAUGGAGACCCUUGGGUACCUGCCAUACCUAUCCAUUCUGGGUUUGCAUGAGGGGGAGUCUAUGAUGGAUGUAAUCAGGUUCCAGAGUGGUCUGUUUAGAAAACUCACGGUGCUCGAUCUUCUCUACUUUAGCAUGGAAAUCAAAUCAGUGGAGUUUGAGGAAGGAUCAAUGCCCAAGCUUGAGGUGCUGACCCUUUUCCUUGAAGAUACUGAAACUGCCUUCUUUGGGCUAGAACAUCUGCGAAGCAUCAAGGAAGUACGGCUCGGGGUUCAGUUUAACGAGAAUUCAACCAAAUUCUCAGAAAAUAUGAGCUUAGAAGAAAUGGAGAAAGCAGAAGAACAGAGUAAAGAAGCAGAGAAGAAAACAAAACUCGUCAAAGACAAACUGAGGAAGGAGUUGCAGAUCCAACUUCAUAGGGAUGAAAACCGGCCCAUCUUGAAGGUGGAAUGAGUUUAGAAACACGGGGUUACUUCUGUCUUAAAUAUCCUGACCGAGUCCCUGCCAUGCCAUGCUACCGUGAAGUCUAUCUUCUAUCUGCUCUCUUGUUUUCUUAUCUAAUGCAUUGCUUGUUAUAUUGUAAUAAUGGGUUGAAAUAAAGCCCACGCAUCGACAA